AUGAGACUACCUUCGCUGGCGACUGCCAUUCCUCUGGCAGUCGUCUGGGCUUCCUCAGCCGCUCUGGCAUUAAGCAGCAAUGCCAAUGAUGCGGCCAACGCUUUUCUGGCGUCCCUUUCUAUCAGCACCGUCUCUAAGACGCUGCCCGGGGGUUGCAGCAGUGCUGGUAUCGAUACCAGCGCCUGGUUCGUAUACGGCAGCCUCGACCGUCUCGACAGGGCGUGCAAAAGGCCCAUGCUCCUGGACUUUGCGCUGGUCAACCCCAUUGACGACGAAAAGUCGCAUGUCGCCAUUUCUGCGUGUACCGCGGACUACGCAGGACUAUCGGAUAAUAAUGCGCCGACUUCUAAUUCUAAUUCUGCCUGCGCUUUGAAGGGCGUGGCGCAGACCCAGACGACAUCGUCUUUGCAGUUGGCAUCUUCGGGUGCUUCGUCUUCGAGCCGCGUGGCUGAUGUCGCCGCUGCUCUGGAGCAACUGGGGGCAUUUGCAACCCUGUCUGAUGCCGGCUGCAACGAGACCAUAAAGUACGCCUACUCCCGGGACGUGGCUGUGGGUGUGUAUGCUGGUUCAGGCCUGGCUGGCCAGGGGGUGAUCAGCGCGGUUCUCCAGAAGCUCAGCGCUCAAAUCAAAGACGACGGCCGCGUUGCCGAGAGUCUGUCAGUCGAAUUGUGCAGCAAUCCCACGGCCCGGUACUCAUUGAGUGUCCUGGUCAAUACCAAGGGCGACCUGGGUGCUGUCCAGCGUGGACUGCAGGUAUCCAAGAACGGCAGCUGUGUGUCUACGGAGACCAGGAUGACUGCCUCUGACUGGCAGACAGUGACCUAUCUCGUUCCUGCUGCGACCAACAUCACCCGCUCCAGCAACUCGACCAAGCUUGCUUCAACUCGUGCCACCGAGUGCCGCACCAUUCAGGUAGAGUCCGGAGACUCGUGUGCCUCACUGGCGGCCGAAUGCGGCAUCACGCCGGCACAGUUCACACAAUACAAUCCCUCCUCCAGUUUAUGCUCGAGCUUGACCCCAGGCAAGCAUGUCUGCUGUAGUGCCGGUACCCUUCCAGAUUUCACGCCAAAGCCCGGCGCGGACGGGUACUGCUACUCGUAUCUCGUGAAGACGGGCGACUCGUGCGCAUCACUUGCGGCGGCCUACGACCUCACUAACGAGAAGAUCGAGUCCUUCAAUAAAGAGACCUGGGGCUGGAACGGCUGUGAGAAGCUGUUUGCUGACUACAACAUCUGUCUCAGCACUGGCUACCCGCCCAUGCCGGCCACCAUUCCAAAUGCUGUCUGUGGACCGCAGUGCCCGUUGAAUGCGUGCUGCAAUAUCUGGGGUCAGUGCGGAACGACGGGAGACUUCUGCACGCCUUCCAACUCGUCCACGGGUGCUCCAGGAACGGCUGCCCCUGGCCAGAACGGCUGCAUCUCCAACUGCGGCAUGGAUAUCGUCACGUCCAGCGCACCCGCGGAAACGUACAGCAUUGCUUAUUUCGAAGCCUUCAACUGGAAACGCUCCUGCCUGCGCAUGUCCGUCAAUAGCAUUGACACUUCAGCCUAUACGCACAUCCACUACUCCUUCAUUACGCUAAACGAGGACUUUUCCAUCAACAUCGAUGAAGUUGCGGACCAGCUACCCCUCUUCAAGGGUAUGGCCGGCAUCAAGAAGAUCGUUUCUGUCGGCGGGUGGGCGUUCUCUACGGAGCUCGCCACAUACCAGAUCUUUCGCAAUGCUGUGGCAACCCAGGCCAAUCGCAAGACGCUGGUCACGAACAUCAUCAAGUUCCUAGACGAUUACAACCUCGACGGCGUCGACUGGGACUGGGAAUAUCCUGCCGAGCCCGACAUCCCUGGCAUUCCCGCGGGCACCGAGGCUGACACCACCGGUUUCUUCCUGCUGCUGAACGAGCUCAAGCAGGAGAUACCAUCGGGCAAGACGGUCUCCGUCACCGCACCCGCCUCGUUCUGGUACCUCCAGUACUUCCCGAUCGAAGCUCUGAGUCUCGUCGUCGACUACGUGGUGUACAUGACCUACGAUCUCCACGGGCAGUGGGACUACAUCAACAAGUACGCAACUCCCGGGUGUCCGUCCUACGACCAGGGGUUGGGCAACUGUCUGCGGUCCCACGUCAACCUCACCGAGACUAUCAAUUCGCUCUCCAUGAUCACAAAGGCGGGUGUGCCGUCCAACAUGAUCGUCGUCGGUGUCAGCAGCUACGGCCGCUCAUUCAAGAUGAGCACCCCCGGCUGUUGGACCGAGCAAUGCACCUACACGGGGCCCGACUCGGGGCGUACGCGGGCCAUCCGUGAGAUUAUCCGCCAGAAUCCCACCGUCCAGGAGCUCUGGGAUGCGAACUCGUACUCCAACAUUGUCGUAUUCAAUGACACGGAGUGGGUCGCGUACAUGGACGAGGACAACAAGGCAACGCGCAAAGCCCUCUACCCGGGGCUCGCUUUCCUGGGAACCGCAGACUGGGCAGUGGACUUGCAGUCCGAGAACGGCGGUGGAAGUGGCUCAAACGACAAUUCAUCAUCCGGCGGGACCAUCUAUGUAAAUCCGGAUAUCUGGAACUCCGCAGCGCCUGUGGUGACUGCUCCUCCCGGGGCUCUUACCACGCGCACAAGCACUCUUUCCGACGGCACAACCACGACCUAUCCGGCAUACGUCUAUGAGUCGUGGCUGACGGUGAUCACGAUUCCUCCUUUGACGACUACGGCCAUCAAUGUCUGGGGCGUUUCCCUUCCUAGCAGCUCCAGCUCCAGCUCGACAGGUGGCCCCGUUCCUAUCAUCUUGACAAGCUCGGUGCAGCCACCUCCAUUUACCAUUAUCGUUACCCCCGUACUAAGCGGCACCACCUCUAUCAUCGGGGCCACCGAGACCACGACAAUUUCCUUGGACCCCAUCAUCUGGGGCUCCUCAACCUACUCGCCUCCGGUUGAGACGAGGACUCUGGGUGGAAGCACCACCGUCAUCGGCGGGACGACCUUGCCCCCGACACCCAUCACUGUCACACCCAACCCGCACCCCACGACCACGCCGGAACCUGGGUCCACGGACCCUGGGCUCAAUUCCAAGAAACCCUCCUGGACACCUGGCAAGCCACCGACCCCUACGGCCGAACCGGGCUGUCCUGGGUGCGGCACUAGUUGUCUUCUGUUCUGCAAUCCCGACUGCCCCUUCUGUCCCCCGGGUGCAUUUGGCCCUCCUGGCGGUGGCGGAGGGGACAACAAUAACAACGAUGACGACGACGACGAUGAUGACGAGGACCCUGAUAACGAAGGCGCUCAAUACACGAUUGUGUAUGACUCUAUGGACGACGACCCCUUCCCGACAGCCUUUGUCGGCGCGGCGGACCUCUCGUCCCUCGAUGCUGAGGUCAUGUCUCGCGUCAGCUCCGCAUGGGGCCUCAGCACCACCACGACAACAACAACGACUACGAAGUCGACGACAACAACGACGGAGGAGCCCACUCCCACGCCGACUGCAGACUGCAUGUUCUGGGAUAGCAUCUUAUACUGGACGUUCGAGAUCUACAAUAUCGACGGCUGGGUCUCAGACGGCGGCGACUCACUGAACAACGAGGAGGGCGGGUGCGGCGCUAUGACGGGCUGGGAGUUUCACGAGGAGACCUCGGAGCACUAUGCGUAUGUGUACUUCAACUUGCCUUUCUUCAUGAAGGAAGGCUGCGUGGAGAGGGCGAUCGUUUCGGCUGGAGGACCGAAGAUUUCGUGCAAAGGUGGGGGGGUUGGCCCGACGAAGCGAGACGUCAACGUUGACGUUGACUUUGACAUCGAGGCCGAGGAGGAGGAGGAGGAUGAUGAUGACGAGGACGUUUGGACCAUACUGGAUGCGCGAGGCACCGGGAAGACGCUGGACACGCCGGCCUUCCCGUCCUGGACAGACGAGCAGCUGCAAGAGUUCCAGAGUUUCUAUGAGGCUAUCAACAUGCAGUCUGGGACGGCGGAGAAGACCUAUGUGCCGAUGACCUGGGGGGCGACAAGUACAAGUCCGAUGACAACUUCUGCUUAG